AUGUUAUAUAUUGCUUCAGACAGUCCAAUCUCUAAAUCUAGGGAGGCUCUCUCAGCCUUGAGAGAAUCUUUGCUUGCAGAGGAGCAAAAAAAGACACCUGAGAAAUCCACUGCUUCAAAGAAAAAAAGCCACAAGAAAUCAAAAGCGAAAGGUACUACAAAGGCGGAGUCUCAGAAGGAAGCCAGCGAGGCUUCUGGGAUCAAUAAUGAGAACCCUGAGGAAACGGGGAAGGCGACCGAAAAUGGCUCAGAGAAAUCCACAGAAUCCAUAAAGGGCUCGCAAACCGCUACAUCAAAGGGAUCAGACACGACUCGGAAGUCAACCAAGAAGACAAAGUCCUCGAAACUCUCAAAGUCUUCGAAACCAUCGAAACCAUUGGAAGCGGAGCAAACCACUGGUAGAGAUGGCGACAAUGAAAGCAAAACCACCUCGUUAUUACCUCGAUACAGUCGACAAUCGAAAGGGCCACAGAUAGUAAGAAGGACAGUGUCGAAAUCUACAAAAGAACAUCUUUCGGGCAAGAAGUUUGAUGCGUCCUUUAUUGAUAUCAACGAUAUUGCAGCAAGGGGGACGCUUGUGAAGAUCAUUGAGGAGGGCAAUUUGUCCCCGAGUGAUACGGUGAAGGCAGUGCGAAGCUUGCGUGCUAGUCUUGUCAGAAAGACACCAUCCACUGUACCUCCUGGCCAUCGGCAACCUAAACUCGGUACAAGCAUCAAAGAUGGUAUGCUGAAGCAGCCGCCAAAGUCUCCAGGACCUAUACCUGGGGUAAGGCCUCCUAAGCGCAUGGUAUGGUACGGAUCAACGCAACCGAAGCCUGUCAAAACAGGUCCCAUGAAAGGCAAACCCGGCUUUGAGAUCAAGACUGUUGACGCAGAUGAACUGUCCUUGGUUCCGAUUGACAAGCCCCAACCUCCCGUUCCAAAUCUCGCUCACGGACUCGAAAGAGUGCUGUUUAACCCCGGCGUAUAUCAUCUUCAAGACCCUCGAUCUCGAGUAUUCAACUUUAACCCUUACUUAGCUAAUAUAAUGCCUGCCAGCGAGUUUGAUUUCAAUGCGUUUUGCUGCUGA